GUGAUUCACCAAAUGUCCAAAAAAGCCCUGAAGAGGGGCCUGAGAAGAAAAAAGAAAAAAAAUCUGAAGCCUUGAACAUCCGAGGUGUCCUUUUGCAUGUUAUGGGAGAUGCCCUUGGAUCUGUGGUGGUGGUAGUUGCUGCUACAAUCUUCCAUGUACUUCCUCUGGGAAAUGCUCCAUGUAAUUGGCAGUGCUACAUCGAUCCAAGCCUGACAAUAAUUAUGGUGUUCAUCAUCUUGUCUUCUGCAUUCCCGCUUAUCAAGGAGACCUCAAUUAUUUUGUUGCAGAUGGUUCCCAAAGGUGUUAACAUGCAACUACUGACUGACAGACUAGCUCGCAUACCAGGGGUUAGCAGCCUUCAUGAGGUGCAUGUCUGGGAGCUUGCAGGUGGGAAGAAUAUUGCUACUCUUCAUAUCAAGUGCCAAAACCCUACUGAUUACCAGGAUGCUGCUUAUAAAAUACGGAAAGUUUUCCACGAAGCAGGGAUCCAUUCUGUGACCAUUCAGCCUGAGUACAUUGACCACAAGACCUCCCAGCUACUGUGCAGCUCUCCCUGCAUCUCAAAAGCUUGUGACUCUCAGCUGUGCUGCAGCCAGCGGGAGCCCCCCCUGGCUAAAACUAAUGGCUACACUGAGAAAAACGAUAGUGGCCUUUCUGCACUGCAUAAAGACAAUGGUUCAAGUAAAAAUGACAUUGAAAUCCCUAUUGAGUACCCAGUGGCAGAAGAUAGCAUUAAAAAUGUGAAAAAUUGUGGCAUGGCUGAUGACAAAUCACAGUUGAGCAGUACACGACUUUAG